GGGAAGAACCUCAGAGAGAGGGAGGGAAGGAGAGGACGGGUAGGAGUGUGUGCAUGAGUGUAAGAGACACUUAUUCUCUUAACUACUUGGAGACAGACACACUUUCCUGGCCCGACUCAAAGAAAGAGAGGGGGAAAAACAGGAGGAAGAUUUUUUUUUCAAUUUUUUUUUUUUGUCAAAUAUUUUAAUUUCCCCUUCAUUCAACAAUUAAGCUACUCCAGAAGCUCUUCAUCCUGGAAACUCUUCUUCACUGCCUAUUGCAAGUUCUGUGUAUUGAUCCACUUACACACACUUGACAAGGCUUACCUCAUGGAUUUGUAUCUGAUUGGAUAUUUGCUGUGUGUGUGGUUGUCCAGCUCACGGGUGCUCGGAGGCUAUCCCAUCUGGUGGUCCCUGGCCCUGGGGCAGCAGUACUCGUCUCUGGGCUCCCAACCCCUCCUGUGUGGCUCCAUCCCUGGCUUGGUGGCCAAGCAGCUUCGCUUCUGUCGUAACUACAUCGAGAUCAUGCCCAGUGUUGCUGAGGGCGUCAAACUGGGUAUCCAGGAAUGUCAGCACCAGUUCAGAGGCCGCCGGUGGAACUGUACCACCAUAAAGGACAACCUGGCCAUCUUCGGACCAGUGCUGGAUAAAGCUACGAGAGAGUCUGCAUUUGUCCAUGCCAUAGCCUCUGCCGGUGUUGCCUUCGCAGUGACCCGAUCCUGCGCCGAGGGCACGUCCACCAUGUGCGGCUGCGACUCACACCACAAGGGGCCACCGGGCGAGGGCUGGAAGUGGGGCGGCUGCAGCGAGGACGCGGAGUUCGGGGUGCUGGUGUCAAGGGAAUUUGCAGAUGCCAGAGAGAACAGACCAGAUGCUCGCUCUGCAAUGAACCGGCACAACAACGAGGCCGGACGCACAACCAUCCUCGACCACAUGCACCUGCGCUGUAAAUGUCACGGCCUUUCUGGAAGCUGCGAGGUGAAGACCUGCUGGUGGGCGCAGCCGGAUUUCCGCACGCUGGGUGACUACCUGAAGGACAAGUAUGACAGCGCCUCAGAGAUGGUGGUGGAGAAGCACCGUGAGUCACGGGGUUGGGUGGAGACCCUACGAGUGAAGUACAACUUCUUCAAGCACCCCACCGAGCGUGAUCUGGUUUACUAUGAGGGCUCGCCCAACUUCUGCGAGCCCAACCCAGAAACGGGAUCGUUCGGGACGCGCGACCGCGUCUGCAACGUGUCGUCACAUGGCAUCGAGGGAUGUGACCUCCUAUGCUGCGGCCGCGGCCACAACACCCGGACUGAGAAGCGCAAGGAGAAAUGCCACUGCAUCUUCCACUGGUGCUGCUAUGUCAGCUGCCAGGAGUGCGUGCGUGUCUAUGAUGUACACACAUGCAAAUAAGAGGCCUGUACUUUAAGGCAAACUGACUGCUGGACCUUCUACCCUGCACAACUUCCCUGCAGACGCAGACACAUUCUGCAUACCGGUCAAUAACCCACUCAGACACAAACUUAGGCUGUAACGUCCGGAGCCAAGCCAGGGUCAGGUACAACAAUAAAAACAGAGCUUAGGUCAGUUUAGUUUAGUAAUUCCUUGGGUUCACUGAUUUACAGUAACCCUGGUGUUUCUAUACACCAGCUGUAUAACUGGAGUUAAAAGAUUGUCAACAUCUUGCAAUAUUCAGAUGCAAUAUUCAUCCAUCAGCGCUAUUAACAGUACAGUCAUUAAAUCACUUUGGACAUAUCCGACAUUUACACUUUCUGUUAACAUUGUCACAGGAAAUGGAGGCCUACCACUGAAAUAUUUUUAAACAAUGUUGAACAAUUUGGAUAAAUGAAUAAAUAAAAUCAUUAUUAGAAAACCUUUAGUAUUUACUCUAAAAGUAAGUACUUCUAGAGUAUUUGCUUUUAAAUACUCUACAAGUAAAUACUUUUAGAGUAAAGUAAAAGUACUUUGAUAUUUGUUUGAUCUAAGUUAUUUAAGCAUGACAAAUUGAAGAAAUCUAUAAGGCAGCAAAUAUUUCUACACCUCAGUUUUUGCACAUUGAACGGUACAAAUACUUAUACUAAGGCAAUUAAAUAAUAACAUGGCACAAACAGUAAACAUUUUGAAUUACUUUAUGAUUACAGUUUUUAAUCUUUGAAACACUUAUGGCAAUAACCUGACAUCACGAUCCCAACAUUAGGAACCUGUGACCUAAACACUCAGCAAACUUAUGAUUUGUUUCAUUGGAAUAUGAAUGUUGCAUUUAUUCUACUUUUCAGCUGAUGAAGUGAUGUAAAGUUUUAAGAUUUUAACUUCUAGUUUGUUUUCUAACAUACUUUAUUUCCUGAUCUGAGGAACACGACCCGUUUAAUCUCUGUUUUUACUUUGACACCUGACACUCGCAGGGCUCCGUGAUGGAUAGUUAAAGGUAAAUCAGAAACAACAAAACAACUUAGUCCUUAUAACCCCUGCACUGGACUACCUGAAAAACUUCACUCAUGGGAAGCAGUUGUGCCACUUUCAGCGCCCUCUCCCCCGUGUCUUUAUUUAUUUCCCUCCUCUAUGCCAACAUGAUGUUUGUGGCAUGUAUAGAAACACAUAAUGCAGUAAAACACACCCUUCUUCCCAACUUACACCUCACUUCUCCAGCUUUUACGUACGUCUACAACUAACAUGACAUCCUAUCUGUUAUUCUUCUGCAACCCAAAUGUCACUUUUUAACUACUGAACUGAAAACAGUAGGCAGACGCUGACGGUGCAACAGUCCUGUCUAUUGUAAACUACUGAGCUGAUUGAGUCCUUUCCACUGGACCAGUCAACUACGAAUUCUGGAAGAUAUAUAUAGAUAUAUAGAUAUAUGUACACGCUACAGUGUGAGGUUUAUAGCCCUGCAUUUCUGAAUUAUGGCCAUCGGGAUGGGACUGAAGGUAUGCAGGAGGGCGCAUGCGCAUUUCUCUCACCAACAUCCCCACAUGGGUUUAUGUAUGCACUAUUCCAACAAUUCUAGGUGGGAAUACAGAAAUAAUAAAAAGUCUGCAAAGUUCUUAUGAAUAAUAGCUUUGUUGCACUUUCCGAGGGCGAGUUUGACCUGUAAACUGCUCAUGAAUCCAUGCACCAUACUUGAGUCGAGCCUUAGCGCGUUUGAUUACAGUUCAUCAGGUUCAACAUAAAGAUUUGUGUCUAAAAAUAAAUCUGAUUCAGUAAAAACAAGAGGACAUGUGAUGACACGUGGAGACCAAGGAUUAGGGAAGCCUCUGAUUGGCUGUCAUGUCUCUCCAAGCAUUCCUUCAUGUUUUUCCCGUCCUGAAGCAUUCAACAGGUCUGAUUUAUGAAGCUGUAUUGUUGUCUGUGCUUCACCCCAAAAAACAUGCCUGCCGCACCGUCGUGGUAACGCUGAGGGAGCAUGCAGGAGUUCAGCAGAGGAAUGGAUUUAACUAAGGUUAAACUAGGAGAUCACUAAGGGAAAAUGAGGUCAUUUGUGUGGGAAAAGAU